AUGGGGAACGCCAAGAGCAGCGCCGUCUCCAAGGAGAUCCUGGAAGACCUGAAGCUCAGCACCAAGUUCACUGAGACGGAGAUCACCCAGUGGUACGAGAGCUUCCAGAAGUCGUGUCCCUCUGGACGUAUCACGCCCAUGGAGUUCGAGGUCAUCUACAGCCGUUUCUUCCCCGAGAGCAACACCCAGACGUACGCGCAGCACGUCUUCCGCUCCUUCGACACCAACGAUGAUGGCACGCUGGACUUCAAGGAGUACAUAAUUGCGCUGCACCUGACGUCCACGGGGAAGACCAACCGGAAGCUGGAGUGGGCCUUCUCGCUGUUCGACGUGGACAAGAACGGAUACAUCACCAAGUCGGAAGUGACCGAUAUCUGCAGCGUAAGUAGUGGGAGGGGGAGUGGAUGGAUGGAUAGAUAGCUGGGUGGAUAGAUAAAUAGAGAUGACAUGCAUGUUCGAAACUAAUCCUGUUGACUGAUGCUUGUCAUCUAAAUCCAAACUAGACUUAAUCUAGGCCUCUGAAUUGCCAUUGAGGGGUUUAAGGUUUAAAACUGUGUGACAUUGAUUCUGUUCAAGUGUCAAAUGGUUGUACUACUUGGUGAUUGACAGAGAUGGGGGAGGAGCUGUGGUUAGGGUCUCAGGCAAUAUGGAGGAGGGAUAAGCCUCAAGCUCUGUUUUAUCUUCUAAGAUGUAAUAAUUGACCCCCUGAUAUUUCUACACACAAACCUUUUACCCAGAAAUGGCGACGCUUAUAUCAAGGGCUCUCAACCAUAAGAUAAUUAAACAUGAGCAAACUAAGCCAUAAAAUAGAAUGUUCAAUCCAAAAAAUCUUGACUUUACAUUUGACAAAGAAAGUGGUAACCCCAAUAUCUCGCAAUUCAUUGCUUUGGUGCCUCACUUCUGCUGUGGAGUCUCAGGGUGCACUAUAGUGACCUGGAGGCGGGGAUAAAUCGUUUCACCUCAGCGAUAGUGUCAAUGUCCCUGUGGUGCAGAUUCAUUCUGGCACUGAUACCACUCUACUACGGCGUCUGACCGAAUUCACUGAAUUCAAUAUAAACGCAACAUGCAACAAUUUCAUUGAUUUUACUGAGUUACAGUUCAUAUGAGGAAAUCAGUCAAUUUAAAUAAAUUCAUUAGGCCCUUAUCUCUGGAUUUCACAUGACUGGGAAUACAGAUAUUAAUCUUAGGUUAAACUGAAAGGGUGUAGGAGGGAGGGAUACAUAUAGGGUAGGAGCGAAUGGGGAUAUAGAUUAAACAGUGCUUAAGAUUUGAAGACAUCUCGGUGUGUCCUGGUGUAACAAGAUUGCUUCCGUCACUCUCCUCGCCCCAACCUGGGCUUGAACCAGUGACCCUCUGCACACAUAGACAACAAUCACCUUCGAAACAUCUUUACCUAUCGUUUCACGAAAGCUGCGGUCCUUGCUGAGCAAGGGAAACAACUACUUCAAGGUCUCAGAGCGAGUGACGUCACCGAAUGAAACGCCACUAGCACGCAUCGCUAACUAGCUACCCAUUUCACACUGGUUACACUGGGCUGCAGGUCAAGAUGUACGUGACACACACUGUGCGAUUAUCUCCCAUGGCUGUCUGAAAGUAAAUGUGUAAUUUGUUCAAACAUGCAAAAGAGGUUGAAUACUAAAAUCGUGAAUAACGUUUUAGCCCAAAUUAUAACGUUUUUUAAAACUACCAUUUCUAAUAUGGUCCUUCGAGCUAAAGAAUGACAGUGAGUAUCCCACCCUAUAGUGAUCAUGGUGAAGUAUACAAUAUUGCCAACCAAUAUCUGAACAGUCAGUGCUUUGCCAUGUAAAUGUGACCAAUGGCAAACACCGCAUACUGUAUUUUGCUGGGGUUAGUAGUGGUUUAUAUAUAUAUAUAUAUAUAUAUAUAUAUAUAUAUAUAUAUAUAUAUAUAUAUAUAUAUAUAUAUAUAUAUAUAUAUAUAUAUAUACUGAACAAAAAUAUAAACGCAACAUGCAACAAUUUCAUUGAUUUUACUGAGUUACAGUUCAUAUGAGGAAAUCAGUCAAUUUAAAUAAAUAAAUUAGGCCCUUAUCUCUGGAUUUCACAUGACUGGGAAUACAGAUAUUAAUAUGUUGGUCACAGAUACCUUUAAAAAAUGGGCCUCACAAUGGGCCUCAGGAUCUCGUCACGGUAUUUUUGUGCAUUCAAAUUUAUAUAGAUAAAUGCAAUUGUGUUCGUUGUCCGUAGCUUAUGCCUGUCCAUACCAUAACUCCACCGCCACCAUGGGGCACACUGUUCACAACAUUGACAUCAGCAAACCACCCGCCCACACGACGCCAUACACGUGGUCUGCGGUUGGGAGGCUGGUUGGACGUACUGCCAAAUUAUUUUAAACGACAUUGGAGGUGGCUUAUGGUAGAGAAAUUAACAUUCAGUUCUCUGGCAACAGCUCUGGUGGACAUUACUGCAGUCAGCAUGCCAAUUGCACGCUCCCUCAAAACUUGGGACAACUGGGGUAUUGCGUUUUAGAGUGGCCUUUUCUUGUCCCCAGCACAAGGUGCACCUGUGUAAUGAUCAUGCUGUUUAAUCAGCUACUUGAUAUGCCACACCUGUCAGGUGGAUGGAUUAUCUUGGCAAAGGAGAAGUUAUCACUAACAGGGAAGUAAACAAAUUUGUGCACAAAAUUUGAGAGAAAUAAGCUUUUUGUAUGUAUGGAACAUUUCUGGGAUCUUUUAUUUUAGCUCAUGAAACAUUAGACCAACACUUUAUAUUUUGUUCAGUGUAUAUAUAUAUAUAGAUAUAUAUAUAAAAAGGAAAAAUCCUUCUAACAAACUGAGUAUAUGUGAGCUGAAAUGAGAACAAGCUGCUGCUGAUUUGUCAGUUCGCACCAGUCCUUAGGCUCUAAUCUUCUUUAAGCUCCCUGUUUACAGUUGAAACACUGAAAUGUGAUUUAGUGGUUUUUGUACCACUGUUCUUCUCUCCAAAAUGUUAUUUUGAUUUCUGACAAUCCAUGGGAACACAAUACGAUUUAAUCAAAACUAAUGUUCAGAUGGGAAGCAUAUUUAUUAAUGGUAGAUACUAUCAUUUGAAAUCCCUCGAAACCACAGUGCCUUCAGAAAGUAUUCAGACCCCUUGGCUUUUUCCACAUUUUGUUACCUUAGCCUUCUUAUAAAAUGGGUUAAAUUGUUUUGCCCCUCAUCAAUCUACACACAAUACCCCAUAAUGAUGAAGCAAAAACUGGUUUUUAGAAAUGUUUGCUAAUUUAUUAAGAAUGAAAAGCAUAUCACAUUUACAUAUGUAUUCAUACCCUUUACUCAGUACUUUGUUGAAGCACCUUUGGCAGUGAUUACAGCAUUGAGUCUUCUUGGGUAUGAUGCUACAAGCUUGGCACACCUGUAUUUGUGGAGUUUCUCCCAUUCUUCUCUGCAGAUCCUCUCAAGCUCUGUCAGGUUGGAUGGGGAGCGUCGCUGCACAGCUAUUUUCAGGUCUCUCCAGAGAUGUUAGAUCAGGUUCAAGUCCGGGCUCUGGCUGGGCAACUCAAGGAUAUUCAGAGACUUGUCCCGAAGCCACUCCUACGUUGUCUUGGCUGUGUGCUUAGGGUCGAUGUCCUGUUCAAGGUGAACCUUCACCCCAGUCUGAGGUCCUGAGUGCUCUGGAGCAGGUUUUCAUCAAGGAUCUCUCUGUACUUUGCUCCGUUCAUCUUUGCCUCGAUACUGACUAGUCUCCCAGUCCCUGCCGCUGAAAAACAUCCCCACAGCAUGAUGCUGCCACCACCAUGCUUCACCGUAGGGAUGGUGCCAGGUUUCCUCCUGACAUGACGCUUGGCAUUCAGGCCAAAGAGUUCAAUCUUGGUUUCAUCAGACCAGAGAAUCUUGUUUCUCAUGGUCUGAGAGUCUUUAGGUGCCUUUUGGCAAACUCCAAGCGGUCUGUCAUGCGACUUAUAAUGAGGAGUGGCUUCCGUCUGGCCACUCGACCAUAAAGGCCUGAUUGGUGGAGUGCUGCAGAGAGGAUUCUCCCAUCUCCACACAACUCUAGAGCUCUGUCAGAGUGAUCAUCGGGUUCUUGGUCACCUCCUUGACCAAGACCCUCCUCCCCCGACUGCUCAGUUUGGCUGGGCGGCCAGCUCUAGGAAGAGUGUUAGUGGUUCCAAACUUUUUCCAUUUAAGAAUGAUGGAGGCACCGGGUGACUGACACACACACACACACACACACACACACACACACACACACACACACACACACACACACACACACACACACACACACACACACCCUUUAAACCCCCUAUACUCCCACUGUGUUCUUGGGGACCUUCAAUGCUGCAGAAAUUUUUUGGUACCCUUCCCCAGAUCUGUGCCUCGACACAAUCCUGUCUCUGAGCUCUACGGACAAUUCCUUCGACAAUUCCUUGGUUUUUGCUCUGACAUGCACUGUGAACUGUGGGACCUUAAAUAGACAGGUGUGUGCCUUUCCAAAUCAUGUCCAAUCAAUUUAAUUUACCACAGGUGGACUCCAAUCAAGUUGUAGAAACAUCUCAAGGAUGAUGAAUGGAAACAGGAUGCAUCUGAGCUCAAUUUCGAGUCUCAUAGCAAAGGGUCUGAAUACUUUUUUUUAUUUUUAUACAUUUGCAAAAACUUCUAAAAACCUGUUUUCGCUUUGUCAUUAUGGGGUAUUUUUUGUAGAUUGCUGAGGAAAUGGUUUUAUUUAAUCCAUUUUAGAACAAGGCUGUAAUGUAACAAAAUGUGGAAAAAGUCAAGGGGUCUGAAUACUUUCCGAAGGCACUGAACGCAAAUAUUAUUUUCUUUCCAUGUGAAUGGUACCUGAUUGUUUCAUACAUUUACAUUGUUCAAGAAAGAAUACAGUAUGUGUUUUUGACAAUCCUUCGGAGCGAUACGUUUUCUUUAUCCUUACAGUACCUUUUAAAGAUUAUCAUUUGAUCAUUUCAUAGUACAAACUAAAUGUUCCACAGUAAUCUCUCUUUCAAAAUGAUCAGCCCUGGUAUAUGGUUUUGUGAGAAGAUUAAAAAGAACAGGAUUGGGGUGUUCUAAGGAUAUAUUCUCACUGCAGUGAUCUGGUGUGUAUAGUUUAUAUAGGGUGAGAAAAUUUCAAUGACAUCCUUUCACAAACACUUUACAAUAACAAGCCAUGAAUGUGGAUAAAAUGGUUCCAUAAUAAUAGUUAUUUGUGUUGGACAGCAUUAAUGAACGUGACAUUUUGAUGUAGUCGGCAGGAUUUGCUUGACAUAUUUGUCAGUAAAUCUCCCAUGUUACAGAAUAACUGAUGAAAGUGACGUACCAUAAAACUUCAAUUAAACGCUGAGUCUCAAAUAGCCGUCUGUCCCUUUUAGAAGCCGGGCAUCGGCACACAUUUCAGCAAAUAAACACCUGUUUCAAAUAAACACCAGGUCUAAAUGAAUUGUUUACGAGAUUACCGUGGACACAGCUCUGAUAUUCCCAUGGUCAUGUGCAUAAAAAAAUGUGUCAUUGUUGCUAGCCAUCGCGCCACCAAAAAGAACACACGACAUCACUGGUACCGCUCUCCAUGGUGUUGAAGUGCGAAAUGGGAGCCGUGUGAUAGGCAGUCAAGUCGUUGCAAGUCUGAUCUGCGAGGGCUUUGUUAUUAUAAUGUUUAUACUGGUCAUACUUGUCACAAUAAACAGUGUGGUAGUCUUUUCAACAUUUUAUUGAGCAAAAGCUGUGUGCAUUAAGGAAAUAAACACCUUGCUCAAAUAGAAGCCUGUCUCUAAUAAACGCUGUUUGUAUUCAAUGAUAUUUUACUGAUCCUAAACUGUGCCCCUUGUGUACCCAACAGGCUAUUUUCAAGCUAAUUCCCAAGGAUGAACAGGCUGAGCUGCCCGAUGACGAGAACACACCGGAGAAGAGGGCCAACAAACUCUGGACAUUCUUUGAGAAAAAAGACAAUGGUGAGAAAAAGAAAGUCUUGUUUAAUGUGAAUUCACAUUUUAACUGUAAUAUAAACCUAAUGAUGAUGAUUCCUAUCUGUUUCUUUCUCUUGCUCUUGCUCUCUCUCCCCACCUUAGAGCGAGUUGCAGAAGGAGAGUUCAUCAAGGGUGUGAUGGACAAUGAGGAUGCGCUUCGCCUCAUUCAAUAUGAACCUGCCAACAAGUAACCCCUGCUAAUAAGGUCCUAUUGUACUUACAUUUUCGUCAUUUAGCAGACGCUCUUAUCCAGAGCGUCUUACAGUAGUGACUGUAUACAUUUUCAUACUGCUCCCCCGUGGGAAUUGAACCCACAACCCUGGCGUUGCAAGCGCCAUGCUCUACCAAUUGAGCUACACCGGACAUUACUUUAUACUAUAUACUGGUAUUGCACAAAUUCUAUAUAUUUUUGGGACUUGAUAUUUAGCUUCAGAAUGUUUUGA